AUGGAACCAAAUCCAGUUAUUAUUGCUGCUACAGCAAAACAAACAGCAUCUCUUAUCUUUUUACAUGGACUUGGAGACACUGGUCAUGGCUGGGCAAGCACAAUUGCUGCCAUUAGAGGACCUCAUAUUAAAGUUAUAUGUCCAACAGCAUCAACUAUACCUGUGACACUCAAUGCAGGUUUCAGGAUGCCUUCUUGGUUUGACUUAAGAACUUUAGAUGCUACUGCUCCUGAAGAUGAAGAAGGAAUAGUAAAUGCAACAACGCUUAUUCAUCGACUUAUAACUGAUGAAGUUAAAGCCGGUAUUCCAGCUGGUCGAAUAUUACUGGGAGGGUUUUCCCAGGGUGGCGCAUUAGCUCUCCAUGCUGCUCUUACCUACUCUGAACCACUUGCUGGAGUAAUGUCUCUUUCAUGCUGGCUACCGAGACAUGCUCAUUUUCCUGAUUGUGUGAAGGCUCCAAAAGAAUUACCAGUAAGUGAUAAGAGCAAUCUCUCCACCAUUUUGUUAAACAUUGUUUGA